AUGGCCUUCGGUUUAUUUUUAUGGGUGACCGAUCGCUUUCCAAAUAAGGACUGGUUUUACAUUAUUUUGCGGAUCAACAAUCUGAGUCAUCAGCCUGUUUGUAUGUAGGCGAUUCUUAAAUAGCCGAAAUAAAAUGCCAAUGUUAAUGUUUUGUAAUAGCAUACUUGGGUGGGUAGCAAUGCUUUAAUUCGUUGCACGUGUAAAGUCAGAAGUGCAGACUUGCCUUAUAUAUAGGCUCUUUAUUAUCGCAGUGUUGGUUAAACUCAGAAGGCAUGUUUGUCGAUAUUAGGCAUUAUUCGCAUAUUUUAUGUUUCCUGUAUACAUAAUGCUUUUUUUAACCCCACUAUAACAUGUUUCCCGAAAAGAUCAAGUCAAAAAUCCACACCCACAGUAUUUCAUUUUUUGUGAUCGGUUAAAAGUUGAAACAUUAGGCUCAACCCGAAUGUCGGCGAUUACCGACAGGUUUCAAAACACGCAAUAUUUGGAGCAUCUGGAUUUCAGUGCAGCUUUAAUUGCCCAAAUGAUGCAACGAUUUAAAAACGGAAUCUGUAUUUUCACGUUGUAACUAGCGCGAGUUGAUUUGGACUUUUCUAUUUCGCGAAAACAUCUAUUUUUGCGAACGCAUGUGGCCCAAGUCUGCUGGUUAGAUUAUUGGAUUAUUGUUAACUGGUCUCCUUAAGCAGAAAAUUGAAAAUGUGUUUUCCAUACCGCCGAACGAACAGAGCAUAGUAGGAUGGCCCACGGUACCCCAAAGUGAUAGCGACCUUUUAAACGGAUACUAUAAUCCGAAUUACAUAAUGAAUGUGUUACGCGUGAACACGAAGAUGGCGCCGGUUGCAGCGCCCUCCGAGAACGAAGGAACGAGCACUGACCUUACGAUUCCAUUGGAUAACCCGGUCGGUUUUACUGGCGCUAACUGCGAUGAGGAACGUGCAGUCCAGCAGGACUAUCAACGCAAGAUGGACGAAAACAAGGAAAUCGAAUGUGUCACAAAAUUAAGGACUAAACUUCUUCUUCUCGGAAUUCCAAUCACUUUAAAUUAUUGCACCUUGGAUUCUGCCCUUCGUUCGAUUGCUUCCCAGAAAAAGAUACUGCUGCUCUACCUGCACAACUCGUUGGACGACUUCGGACGAAACUUCAACGACGCUUUGAGGAAGACGGAAUUGGCGAAAACCGUCGAAGGAAGUUUCUUUUUCCUCGGGUGGAACCUGGACGAUCCGACUUGUCACGAUGCCAUCACACGAGCCUUAGACCGAGCCGCACUCUCCAAUAUUUCAUCGUUGGUGUCGCAGAAAGCGUCGGCUGCCUUUUGCAUACUGCCGUUCAACGGCACUAUCGAGGUGAUGGCUUGCCUGAGAGGCAAGAUUUCGUACCGGAAUAUAAUGGCCACCAUGAAGGAGGCCGAAACGACGCUCCACGAUGAAAUCAAACAGGAGGAGGAGCUGCGCAAAAUCGAGAGCGAAACUUCGAACGAAAACGACUUCGACGUCUUGAAGUUCCAGGAGCAGAUGGCGCAAAUGUUAGGCGAACGCGAUUACGACCGCUUCGAUAAAGUAGAUCAUCCGAAGCUGAUUCAGAAGAUUGAAUACGCUUUGUUCGGGCCGCCGCUCAGCGAGUUCGGUUAUGACAACAAAAUGAAGAAAAAAAGCCAGCAACUGUUUGAAGUUAUACUUAAGGAAAGCGCGAAAAUCGCGGAAUACCAGGACCGCGUGGAAAUCGCCUUUAUAUACAACUGCACCCAGCCGCUACCCAAGGAGAGAUUAAAAAGGGCAUCGAAAUACGUUAAAUACAAUCCGAAGACGGAUAUAACACCGGUACCGGUUUUCGUACUGCGUAAAUGUCGCGGCAGCAAAAAUAAUUGCCGGAUCUUCAUCGAUGACUGCUGCCGCGUCUACCAAUCUUGGCGCCAGUAUUUGACGCGAAACAAGCUUCCGGAGUGCGAGAUGACUGUGCCCUCGGACGGCAGGUAUCAAACGAGUGACAACUUCGUACUUCUCGAGAAACAUCUGUCGCCCGCUUGUCACAAAGAUGCCAAGAUACUGCAGGCGGUCGAUACUACCAGCACCGUGGCUGGUGUAUUGUCGGGGGGUGUGUUCGUCGCGGCAGCUAUUCCCGCCAUCACGGUCGCGCCGUUUGUGUUAAUUGGCAGUGCUGUAGUGGGGGCCGUAGUGGGUGGUUACGCCAUCGGCCGCAGUUCGUACCAGAUACACGAUAGGCGUGUUCACAAUCAGUCGAUGAGUUUCGCGAACUCGGAGGCGCGCGGCGCCUACCUGAACAUACUCGCGGGCUCUCUAGGAUUCGUGGGCGCCGGCGCAAACACCGUGUUGACACAGUUGGCAGCCCGGGGCGCCAAUAUUGGACAGGGGGCUCGCAUCUUAGCCAACACGAUCGCAGUAGCAAAGGUCGGGGCGAGCGGCGCCAGCCUCCUCAACAGCGGUCACGAAGUAAUAUUCGAGCAGUGGAUCAAGGAAAACCGAACCCCGUCCAGGUUGGCGCUCCUCCAGCUGGCCACCUCCAUGCUGUUUUUUACAAACUCGGUGGUUAAUUUUAAAACCGCGUCGACCAUCGUCGAGGAGUCGCAGACUCGGGUGUUACAGGAUUACGCCGACUCAUUGAGGAGUAACAGGCACAGGAAAACGUUCACGAAACUGACAAAGGAAACAAUCAGGCAGCAGGGCGGGAACCAAGCGAGGGGCAGAGCGGAGGUAAUUUCGACGAUACGCAAUAUACCAAACAAGGACGAUCUAUUCGCCGCAUUGACUCGCAACAACAAAGCGAUGAACCGUGAGGGUAUCAAGUUUUCGGCGGAUCAGGGCCAGAUCAAGCUCAACGGCGUCGCGAUCAACAUGGACCAAUUCGCGAGGCAAACUAAGACCCAAACGCAGACGUUCUUCGAAAAUCUGAUGAAUCAGCAAGCGACGGAAAUCGACGCCAGCCCCCCCAGCGAAGGUUUUAGCUGGUCGCUUGAUGGUUGGACCUUGGACUCGGCGAAGACCCUUACCUACCUCACCGGUAUAUUCAAGAUUGUCCUUUGUUUUGACAAGAGUACAACCGAGAAGGUGGUACAAGUCGUGCACACCGUCCUCAUGACUCUUAGCAAGCCCCUGAUUAACGAACUGAACAGUUUAAUGAAGGGGACGUAUCAAGCGUGUAGACAAGUAAUGAUGCUCGUGAUGAAUGUUUUCUACGAAAUCGUCCACAGUUGGGAAAAGAAAUAUAACAAAUGGAAGGAGACCGGAGAUUCGAAAUAUUUCGACCCGUUCUUCAAUUACGUCGAUCCCGCCAGCGCGAAGCGGCUGAAGAAGUUUUUAAAUAAGGCGUUAGAGCUGUCCGUUUCAGGUGAGCGAGUCGUUUCGUGGGUGAUUGAAAAGGCUGUUGAGUACGUCACCACUUGGAUCACUAAAAAAUUGUUCGACAACAACCAAAGGGAGGAGCGCGCCAGGAACGAGAAGCGUCACUACAAUUUGCGAAGGGUGGAGUGUUUUACGUGCUGGGGUACCUAUUUCAGCCACUGAGCGAGGUGAACAUCAUACUAUGGACCAGCUUUGUUGACAUCGAAACUUCACCAAUAGAAAAAAUUGGAUGUUAAAAUACGAAUACGUUUGCGAAACGGAGUUAUAAAGAAUUACGAAUGAACAAUACGAAAUUGGCCAAUCGCAGCCUAAUAGUUUUUAUUGAUGGAUGUGUAUAAUAAGUAGAUUAUUGGUAAGCAGUCACGUACAAUCGUACUUGACUGUUGGCGAUUUAUUGCGACCUGCAUUUCGUUGUAUACAUUAAUUUUUUUAUUACUAGUGUUUUUUAUGUAGAUGUUGUUUUAGCUGUAGUUUGAUUUAUAGGAUAUAUGGAUACCUCAAAAUUGCAACAUAAAAACUUUGAUGUCUUAGGAACUUGUCGCUACACAUAUAUUAUCUUUAUAUCAUAUAUUAGUGUUUUUUGUUUUUUUUAUAUAUAAAUCGAAAAAGUGGUGCCUUGGUAAUUUAUUUAAAAUAAAAAAAAAACAGAUUUUCAAUA